AUGGAGGGACUCUUUACUCUGCUCGCCCUGAGCAUUGUGAUGGCCGUAACAUCCUUUGUUGUCGGUUCAUUGCCUCUUGCCUUUACCCUUUCCCCGUCACAACUCCGCCUCAUAUCCUCGAUCGGCAUGGGCGUAUUGGUGGGAACAUCAUUGAUUGUUAUUAUACCCGAGGGCGUCGAGACCCUUUACAGCGCCGGCUCUGGCCAGAAAAGCCUUAGCACGCGGAAUGUCCGUGUUGAUUGGCAGUCACAGGCAAUUCCUGUGGCCAUACGAUCGAGAUUCAACACCGAUCAAGCUUCAACAACAGACACCCCCGUUUCAUUCCUAUCCCUAGACCAACAAUCUGCUCCUCUUGCUAGUCGCGACGAAUCGAGUGUAGUAGCAGGCCUAACUAUACGGAAGGACGAUACCAGCGAACACUCGAGCAAGGAAGAAGAGAAUUCGCCGCACGCCUGGAUCGGAGUCGCCCUGGUUAGCGGGUUCAUUCUGAUGUACCUGAUUGAUAAAGUGCCGGAAUUCGCCUCGCCCGCCAAAAAUGAACGGAUUCCUUACCACAUCUCCCUCGAUAAUCUUGGAUCCGGGCUGCGACGGGGCUCCUCCCCCAUGCGCGAUGGAGGGCUUUUGAAUGCCGGCCAUUCGAAUUCCCAACGUGGUCACAGCUUUGCUACGACUACGGGCUUGGUCAUUCAUGCUGCCGCUGAUGGUAUCGCACUGGGUGCGUCUAGCUCCGAUUCCAGUCUUAGCUUUAUCAUCUUCCUGGCUAUUAUGGUGCAUAAGGCUCCCGCCUCUUUUGGGUUGACCUCCAUUCUGCUCAAGCAGGGCCUAUCAAGCCGGACUGCGAGAGCGCAUCUGUUGAUCUUUAGUUUGGCUGCGCCUGUCGGUGCUCUUGCCACGUUCCUCUUUGUACAUAUGAUGGGAUCAUCUAGCGGCGACGAGACUGGCUCUCAGUGGCGGACCGGAAUGCUCCUGCUUUUCUCUGGAGGUACUUUUCUGUAUGUGGCGAUGCACACCAUGCAAGAGAAUGGCCCUGGCUCUACCCCGCGGGAAUCACCUGUGAAUGGAUAUGGCGAUGCUCGGGAAUCCGCGAAUGGAUCUGACAAGUCGAUGAGAGACCUCAUCGCGUCUGUGGUGGGAAUGAUUCUGCCACUCUUCCUGCAGAUCGGCCAUGCUCACUAG